AUGGAAGAAAAAUCCAGCGUUCCUGAAAGCAAUAACUUCCGAGAGAAUAAUGUUGAGGGUGUGGAUCUCCAACCAUCUGCGGAUGUGCUUUCCCAGGAAAUCACCGAGUCAGUUAAUGUCUUGGUGAAUGACGGAUCAAGUGUAGGCGCUUAUACACUUGAUCUGGUGACGCCCCCGAAGUCAGCUUCGGAGGUGGUCAAGUUGCCAACGCUAGAAUCUAAAAGAUUUUUGCGAGAUCUGCGUAGUGACAAGAUCAAGCAGAUCUGCGUACUCGUCACGGAGGACGCGUACAUCGUCUAUAUUCGGUCGUCACAAGUGUUUGCUGACAACGAACGGGUUCUCAGUAGAUCAUCGAUGGACGAGAGCGUCCCUGGUGCGAAGACCCGGAUUGAGCGAUACACGUCUCAUUCUUGUUAG